UCAUUUACGAGGUUUUAUUAUAUAGGUAGCAGGAUCUGGGAAAAUUAGGUUUUUAGGGUUUACACUGAGGAGGCACACCUUCAGGAGCAGUCAUGGUUCUCAAAACCGAGCUGUGCCGAUUCAGCGGUGCCAAGAUCUACCCAGGGAAAGGCAUCAGAUUUGUUCGUGGUGAUUCUCAGGUUUUCCUGUUUGCUAACUCAAAAUGUAAGAGGUAUUUCCACAACAGGUUGAAGCCGUCAAAGCUCACGUGGACUGCAAUGUACCGAAAGCAGCAUAAGAAGGAUAUUGCUCAAGAAGCUGUGAAGAAGAGAAGACGUGCUACCAAAAAACCUUACUCUAGGUCUAUUGUUGGUGCUACUUUAGAAGUUAUCCAGAAAAAGAGAACCGAGAAGCCAGAAGUUCGAGAUGCAGCUAGGGAAGCACAGCUUCGUGAAAUUAAGGAGAGGAUCAAGAAAACUAAGGAUGACAAGAAAGCUAAGAAAGCAGAAGUUGCAGCUAAGUCCCAAAAAUCACAAGGGAAAGGAAGUAUUUCGAAGGGUGCCAUGCCCAAAGGUCCCAAACUUGGUGGGGGAGGUGGGAAACGCUGAGCUUUUAAGUUUUGUUCUUAUUUUUGGCUACAAUUUAAAUAGAGCUGUUUUGAAACUUCUGUACUGAUAUUUUAUUUGCAUGAUUAAUACGUUUUAUUAAAAAACCCAUGUUUGGAGCUUCUGAAGUUACCUUUUAUUGAAUUAAUUCUGUCAUC